UGGAGGUUCAUGCAUCUUCCCCUCUACAAGUCUUGCUCUUUACUCUUUUCCCCUCCCCACGAAGAAAUCCCCCUUUUCUUUCUCUCUCAUCACUCUAAUAUUCAAACCCAACAACUGAAAAAUCUCUCCUGUUUCUUUCUCGAGCUCAGAUUCUCAGUAAAAUCGAAAAGCAUUUUGAUGUUCAAUUUCUAAUUUUUUACAGAGCCAAUCUUUCUUCACCGGAGAAUAUUUUCCGACGAGCAAAUAACCGGGACUGGGAGAUUGUGUUUACCCAAUAUCAAUAUGCCUUCGGAAAACAUUUCUCUGGUGGAACUUAACCUUUCCCAAGAAGUUGAGAACAAAAUUUCUGCCGAAAAUAUUCUGCACGAAUUGUGGCCGUUGAAUGAAGUAGAUCCUAAGAAACCGAACUUCCCGUGUUGUGUUGUGUGGACCCCACUCCCUAUAGUUUCGUGGUUAGCGCCUUUCAUCGGACAUGUUGGAAUAUGCAGAGAAGACGGUACCAUUUUAGAUUUCUCUGGUUCGAAUCUUGUUAAUGUUGAUGAUUUUGCUUUUGGUUCUGUUGCAAGAUACCUUCAAUUGGAUCGAAACAAGUGUUGUUUCCCUCCAAAUCUCGUUGGGCAUAAAUGCAAGCAACGCUACGCACAUGCUGAAUACGGGACUGCAAUAACAUGGGACGAUGCAGUUCAAUCGAGCACGCGACAUUUUGAGCACAAAUCUUACAACCUAUUCACAUGCAACUGCCACUCGUUUGUCGCCAACUGUCUGAAUAGGCUAUGCUACGAGGGGUCAAUGAAUUGGAACAUGGUCAAUGUUGCAGCUCUAAUACUGUUCAAGGGGAAUUGGGUCGAUGCCUUUUCGGUCUUGAGAUCGUUUUUGCCUUUCUUUGUUAUGAUCUGCUUUGGUGUUUUUAUGGUCGGAUGGCCUUUUCUAAUUGGAUUGUUUUCGUUUUCGUUCAUGCUUGUUGGAUGGUUUUUGAUGGGUACUUAUGUUUUUACGAACGUAUUAGAAUGUUAGAUGUUUUAUUUGCUUUUUUCCACGAACUAACAUUAUGAAACUCUAUUCGAAAUGAUUGGUCCUAAAAGAAUGCUAUAUA